AAACUGUUGGUUGAAGGCAGGAAGAGAUGGUUUGAACUGUAGAGAACAAACAGGCAAAGUUGUCUUAAGUUCUGAUGGUCAGAAACUAUAAAAUUCCUUUAUGGAGAUCCAGAGAAAGGCUUGCAAGCCUGAAAGCAUGUCUGUUUUUACCAACUCUAUCAGUUGGUCUAAAAAGAUACUGCCUCCUUGCUUUACUUAGAAUGAAUAAAGUGAUUUAUGGAAACUGGAGGAAAAUGUUUUUACAAUUCCCAUUUGCAUGCCUGAGAAGGGAAUAAAAUAAAACUUUAUAAAGCUGAGAGUCUAGCGGUGCUCAUUUGAGCCCCCUGUUUGGGGGAAUAAAACCCCCUUGCUUAGGCUGGCAUCCUGCUUUGCUGCUUUAAUGGUUAAACCUGCUUCACAGAGCAUUACUGGGGAAAAGGAAACUGAAAGCUGUGCUGAAAAGCUAGUAGGUGAAAUUGGGAGUUGCUUGAACUAUUUCAUCUUUUAAAAGGGCAAGCUCUGAACCAAGCUAUGUGAAGAUCGAGUGAGAUGUGAAAGCUUGACAGUCAUGCAUACAGGAAACCUUGAAUCAUUUCUAAGCUUCCUGGAAGAUGACGUAGUGAGGUUAUUGUUGUGUUUGCUAAUGAUUCCAUAGCUCUUACUGAUCAGCUUAAAAAAUGUCUUAACUACCAGCACCUGAAUCUUGGAUGCAAAUGGGCUCAACUGGGUUCAUUCGAAAUGCCUGCUGACGUCCCCUGACAAUAAUAAUUAAUAAUUGAGCACAGGGAACAGAGCAUGGCCACCCGAAUGGUCUGUUUUCUUUAUCACAGGGAAAAAGGUUUGCUUUGUACGGUUAAUAUUUUUAUAUAUUUCUGGCAGAGCCUGACAAACUUCAAAACUCUCAUAGUCCCCAAGCCAUUUAAAAAUUUCUCCUAGAGAUAGAGCAUUGCAGAAGGAACAUUGGUAUGUCUUUAGGACAGAGUCUGUCUUUUUUCAGGAGGAGGAGAUAGUAGGAAGGGAUGGAAAGCUGCUAGCUUUCCUCCUAACCCAUUGUUGCUUUGAAAAUGUGCUGGACUUGGGCAGGGGUUUCGAUUCUUGCUAGCCUGGUCCUCCCUUUCUUGCUCUAUCUGUCCGAAGUGGAAGGAAGCGUGUCCGUCAUGAACAUUUGAACAGCAAAGCCCCCCCUCACGCCCCAAACCCACAUGCACAGAUCUGGAGUAGUCCAUGGAAGUGACACUAGGGAGCAGAGAAAAACCAGACUUCGGCAGUAGUGCUAAAUUUCAGGGGUUUUGUUCACCCGAGAUUCCAGGCGCGGGGAUCGCUGGUAGCUGGCCAAGGAGCUUGGAUGGCAGCCUACCCGUUCCUCAGCUCUGCUCAGCUUGCUCCCUCCCCCCGCCUUUUUUUAAUUGCAUAAUAUGCUAGAAAAUGAUCUGGAUUUGGGACUUAUUUUUAACUAGAAGAGGCUCACUUCACCCAAUCUGAUUUUGGCUUUAACAUCCAGCAAAUACUUUCUGAAGCUCUUUUCUUUUUGCACUGAAACCCUGGCUUCUUUUGCCCUCUCUCCCACUUUGCAAGGGCUCUUUGCUUUUAAAUGUUUGUCAGCCAGUCUUGGGGAUGUUUGCAAGUCCUUAGCUACAUUGUCUGUCUGCAGAACUGGUGUAUGACAAUCAAAUUGGUGUUAGACCUGCCUGGUGCAGUCAUUUUGCAGGCACGGAUCCCAUUGGGGGAACUGGGAAUUGUACUCAAAUAAGGAAGAUAUAUGUUGGGGAAAGGAGGAAAGCGGAAGUUUGACGAGCAUGAAGAUGGGUUGGAAGGCAAAGUGGUGUCUCCUACUGACGGUCCCUCUAAGGUGUCUUACACCUUACAGCGUCAGACUAUCUUCAACAUUUCCCUUAUGAAACUUUAUAACCACAGGCCAUUAACCGAGCCAAGCUUGCAAAAGACAGUUUUAAUUAACAACAUGUUGAGGCGAAUCCAGGAAGAACUCAAACAAGAAGGCAGCUUGAGGCCCGUGUUCGUGACCGCUUCGCAGCCCGCUGACCCUCUCAGCGACAACUUCCGCGAGGCCCAGCCGGCGUUCAGCCAUCUCGCCUCCCAGCCCCUUCUCCCCACUGACUUCGUAAGCACUACGCCCCUGGAGUCUUGCCUCACCCCAGCCUCUUUGCUUGAGGAUGACACUUUUUGCACUUCCCCGACUGUCCAGCACGAUGGUCCGACAAAACCACCACCUCUUGCUCUCCAACCAGUAAAGGACAGCUUCUCCUCAGCCUUGGAUGAAAUCGAGGAGCUUUGUCCAGCACCUACCUCUGCAGAGGCAGUAGCAGCUGAAACAGCAGCCGAUGACUCUAAAGACCACCCCAGCGAGUCCAACGUUCAAAAGCCUGAGGGCCUCCCAGAGAGCAGAACGGCCGAAUCAAAACUCAUGGACUCGCUACCUGGCAACUUUGAGAUAACAACUUCCACAGGUUUCCUCACAGACUUGACCCUGGAUGAUAUUCUGUUUGCUGACAUUGAUACGUCCAUGUAUGAUUUUGACCCCUGCACGUCUGCCACAGGGGCUGCGUCAAAAAUGGCGCCUGUCUCAGCAGAUGAGCUCCUAAAAACUCUUGCUCCAUACAGCAGUCAACCAGUAACUCCAAAUCAGCCUUUCAAAAUGGACCUCACAGAACUGGAUCACAUCAUGGAGGUGCUAGUUGGGUCUUAAAAUAUAGAAAUAUAGCAACUUUUUUUUUUUUAAUUUUAAGUACCAGUAUAUACACUUGGUAGUAUUUCCAUAGUCCCUCCCACCCCCGAUUCACAGCACUGUGCAUGCGUCCUUGCUUGCCUUUUUUGAAAAGAAAAGGAUCACACUAGUUUUUGCUUCAAGCAGAGUUGGAGUGCCUUCAUCCGUGUAUGACCACUUCUAAUGUAUUUUUUUUAAAGUGGUUCCUCAAGGAAGACCGAAUAUCCUGGUAUAGGAAAGAAUAUGUAUUGUAGACAAUGUUAUGUUAUUACAAAAAAAGAAAAAAAAAAAAGAAAAAAAAUUGUAAAAGCUAAGCACAAGGAUUAUGUUGGGGAAAGCUGUAAAUUGCAUGUGCAUAUUUGUCUAUUUUUUCUAUAAGUUUUAUUGCAAGAGGUAAAAAAAUUUAUUAUUUAGAUAAUCUCAAUACCAUUUUAGCCCUGUAUAGGUUGACUUAGCAAUUCAGCCUUUUGGAGGCAUUAACCUGCUCCUCUUUAAGUGUUGCAUUUACAUGGCUGUUUAGAAACUGCUGCCCAAAUUUAUUUUAUAUUUUUGUACAGAUUCUGCAGUUUAUGAUAUUGUUUUUUCUAAAAACAAAUGCUGUUUAUACACACAAAAAAAUAGCUAUUUUGAUAGGAUUUGCUCACAUAGUUCCUGCAUAAUUCAGAUGUACAAGAACCACUUGUACUUUUAUACAGAGUUGUAAUGUUUUAUAUGUGUAUGGUGCAAAAGAGAAAAUUGGAUCAAAUAAGCCUGCAGUAGGUUUCCCUGAAUGCAAACAAAAAAGUGCUUUAAGAAAGGGCUGGGAGCUGCUUCUGCAGGAGUUUCACAAGUGUUUGCUCCCUGCUGUACCCACUGCGCACUACUGUGAUUCCUGAAACUUAGAGCCAUGUCCUUUUCCAACACGUAUGUGAAGCAGUUGGCAGGAAACAGUUGUGGAACUUCACCUGAAGAGGUCCUGAGCACCACCACGGCUGCAGCCUCCCCACCCCAGCGCCGGGGCGUCCAUCCCACGUGACGUGGAGCGCCUUAACAUAGCGGCAGAUCAGCACUUCCUCACCCGAAGCUCCGGGGAAUGGUUUUGAGGGGGAACGUGCCCAUUGCCCACUUCCUGACCGACGGGUGUAUGCGCGGAGCGGGCAGAAGACUGGCGUUGACAGCGUCCACUCACCCUUUCUUGGAGCAUUUCUCCUUCCCUCUCCCCACCUCACUGUGCUAAAAGUGCUGAAAAAGGCAACUUCAGUAUUACUGCAGUGAAGCUCAUCUCUUAACUGCACUGGAUGGACUUGCUUUAAUAUCCAUUGCUGUUGAAACUGGAGCCAGUCAUUUUACAUCCCUUGGCAUCUCAUAUAGGGUUGGUUUCUUGCAUCAACUGUGUUACCUGCUUUACACUUUAUAGACCUGUUUUACAAUGAACAUACAGACACAGCUUUCUAUGCAUGGUCCCGUUUCCCCAUAACACCUGAGAAGUCUUCUCAUUACUGCACCAAUAGCAUUUUUUAAGUUCAUUGUGGUGUACAUUUAAUUUAAAAAAAAAAAAAGUUUGCGAUGUAUCAUGCCUAUUGCUGAAGUUGCUAUGGCAUUUUAGUUUUUCAAUGGUACUUUAGCUGUUGAGCGCCGGUUACAACCUAUAUUGUUGACAUGCCUAUGGCUUCUUUAGGAAUAACUUUUAUAUUUAUUUAAGAAAUUUUAAAUUAUGUUUUACGUCAUUUGGCAAUGUUCAGUCAAUUCUGCUCCCUUCUUGUCAUGGAUGAAAUUGGGUCUUGUCUGCCUUUUAAGGAGGCGGCUUUUUAUAAAUUGGCACUUUAAAACAGGCCAUGUAUAUUUAUUAGUAUAUAGCUAGAUAGAUGUAACAGAUAUGCACACAGACACAGUAUAAAAGCAAAUAUGUUUUGCAAUGAAGGAACUCCUAAUCAAAAUGAAAUGCAUCAUGUACAAUUAUGAAAUGCACUUCUGGCUCCUAAUUCAUCUGCCAGGGUGAGACGUGGGGCUGAUGGGGGGAACUGGCUGAGGGGGUGGGUUUGCUUUCUUCUUUUUUCCAAGCCAAACUCAGUGAAGCAGUGGGAUGCUGAUGGAUUUGCAGUUGUUUCCUUACACAGACUGGGGGGGGGGAGAGUAAGUUACCACUUCAAACAGAAAACCAUUGACCAAGUGUAGCUUUAGGGACCAUCGGAAGUGAGGGGGUGGGGAAGGAGGGGGGACAGCUCCAUCUUGCACCCAGCAGUGACUGGACUUUGCUCAGCCCUUGUAGGAAAACAAAACAGCCCUGCCGGAUUCUGCAUCUCUUGUACCAGGAGUAACUGGGAAGGCUAAUAUGCAAGGGUAGUGUGUCUGGCACAAACCUGUAGGCACCUGGUAACAUCAACAGUUUCACAUGGUAACUUGGUAAGCACUUACCUUACCAUGGUUAAAAACUGAUUUACAGUAUGCUGGAGCUGCCCCUUUUUUUUUUUUGGAUUACUUAUGCAUUUAAACAAAUACCAUAUGCUAGGCAAGAGUUCACAUCAAUGCCAUUUUUGGAGAGCUGUGCUGUUAAGCAGGGUUAGUUGAAGUUUUGUAUCCACAGAACAGGAGACAAGCUCUAAAUCCACUUACCACUCAGAAGACAAUGUCUGUGUAUCCUUGGUGCUGAUGCGCAUAUCCUAUGGCAGAGUCCUUACAGGAAUCCCAUAGGGCAUAAACAUACCUGACUUAUGGGACUAGGCAAAAAGUUAGCAGGCUGGUGCUGCUCUGUAACCGCGGCAGGCUACGGAGGGAAGGGCUCAGCUGUGGCUUUCUCCCCGCACAGUCUCUAGCGUGGCCUUUGCCAUGGUCCUAACAGCAGCCAUGCAUGGAACGUCUCUGAGACCUACACCAGGGAUGGAGAUUGACAUUAAUGUGCAAUGAAGUGACAAGAUGGGAGCAGAAUAAAAGAGCUUUGGAUUUGAAGUGAUUUUUUUUGUUUUUCAUAAAUUAUUUAUUCUUUUUUUUUUUUCCUUCUGUAAAUAUAUUUAUUUUAUUGUGAAGCUAACAACAUCUGGAUUGUAACAUGUACAGAAUGUAUGGUAGGAAUGUAUUCUCUUGUAGGAAUGUAAAUCUGUAUGAAAAAGGGUAUGGGAGCCAGAUUCAGAGAAAAUUAAUUGAGUUCCAGUCAGGAUAUGCAUGGUUCACAUGACUUUUUCCUGCCUUCCCCCUUUUCUAAUAUGGGUCUGGUUGUUUGAAAUAUGCAAAAAAGGUAUAGAUGAGGGACAGUUUAAUGUUCAAAAUUAGUCCUAGUCAGGCUCCUACCCUGUCAGCUUCUUGAGACUGGCCUCCCCCAGCACUCUGCUAGAAUCUGCAACAGGACACAGGAGCAUAUGCAAUCAUCUCCAUCAUGCUGGCCUGGUAAAUGUUUGAAAAAGGUGAUUUUUUUUUUUUUUUUUUUUUUUUUUAAAAACACUCACGGAAAGCCCAGCUGAAGUCCCUGGGGCUGGACAGCUGAAGAAGGUUGCAGGAUGUUACUUCCAGCCCCAGAAGUUGCAACAGAGCUGACACCACCUCAUUGCCAGAAGGUAAGGCCAGACAAGAAGUCAUGACUGCACUUUGCACGUGCGGCAGAGGGUUUGCUUGCUCGAGUUCAAGCUACCUGCGUUGCUCUGUGCAUCUGACCAGCCCGUCCUUGGACAGCACAGGUCCCCUUCCAGAGCCCGACGGGACCACACAGCCCUAUAUGCAAAGGAAGGGGAACUUCCCUCUUCAGGAGAACAUCGUCAAGCAGUGUCCUAUAUAAAUUCAUCAAUCUGGCACCUUCCCUGUAGCCAGCUAGAACAGCAAGACAGUAAAGCCACCAACUGAAGCAAUCGCCAAGAAUAAAUUUGGACCUUGUGAAAGGUAAUUUGGUUUUUCCUCUAUGCUGUGUGGUAAUAGCCUGAGUAGUUUAAAACCAAUGUUUUGAAUCCAAAGUUUACACUUUUAUCACCAUUAAAUUGGUUAGGUUGUAAUGGGUCCUGUCUGACAACGGUUUAAUUCACUCCAGCACAUCAUGAAUUUCUUGUUCUUGUUACUGGGAUUCUUCUGGUUUUGUUUUGGGUUUUUUCCCCCCAUCAGGUUUCAGUAUCCUGCUUCUGUGCGAGUUGCUUUCAGUGCUAUUAAUUAAUGAGACUGAACAUUUUUGAAGAAAUUAGUUCUUUUUUAAGCACUUUUUCUUUUUCUGAAAAUAAGCCUAAUGCAAGUUCUGGAACCUCUUUAAAAACACAAAUUGCAGAUAAAAUCCCAACCUCUACUCCUAUCUAGUUCUGAGCAUAAUCCAUACUAGCGCCUGUAAAGGCUAAGAUUCUGGAAAAGGUGUAAAUAGUGUGACAUGUUCAGUGCAUGGUUGUUUGAACAGGGCUUGUUAUUGUCAAAAAAAAAAAAAAAAGGAAAAAAAAAAGAAAAAAAGGCUGUAUUUCCCCUUCCCCUCCCACAGACCUUAGAGCUGUGCCUUUUCUAUGCAAUAUUACAGACAUAUACAUCUGAAACCAGAUUACUGUAUUCACAUGUAGGUAUGGGCUGUAAUCAAAAAAACAAUUGGACAAAUGUACAUGGAAAUGAGCAGUCUUACUUUUGUAGUUUUAUAUUAUACAAUAAACAGUUAAAAUAAA